GAGUUCAUUUCAGUUCUAAUCGUUUUCCCCACUGUGUCAACGUCCGGAUACGUCUGCGAUGAGGGAAAUCGUGCAUUUACAAGCUGGACAAUGCGGGAAUCAAAUCGGAUCGAAGUUCUGGGAGAUAAUAUCAGAUGAACACGGAAUAGACCCAGCCGGAGUUUACCAUGGUGACAAUCCACAGCAAUUGGAACGAGUCAACGUCUACUACAACGAAGCAUCAAAUGGAAAAUUUGUACCUAGGGCAGUCCUUGUCGACCUUGAACCAGGGACAAUGGACUCAGUCAGAUCGGGCCCUUUUGGCCAGCUAUUCCGACCCGAUAACUACGUAUUUGGUCAGAGUGGUGCAGGGAACAACUGGGCCAAAGGGCAUUAUACAGAAGGUGCAGAACUAGUUGAUGCAGUUAUGGAUGUCGUCAGAAGAGAAGCCGAAACAUGCGACUGCCUUCAGGGUUUCCAGUUGGCACAUUCCUUGGGCGGUGGUACUGGCUCAGGCAUGGGGACUCUCCUUAUAUCAAAAAUACGUGAAGAAUACCCAGACAGAAUCGUCAACUCUUUUAGCGUCGUCCCUUCACCAAAGGUUUCAGAUACCGUGGUGGAACCGUAUAAUGCAACACUUUCUGUCCACCAACUGGUAGAGAACACUGAUGAGACGUUCUGCAUUGACAAUGAAGCAUUGUACGACAUUUGUUUCAGAACUCUGAAACUCACGUCACCCACUUAUGGUGAUCUUAAUCAUCUUGUUUCGAUAACCAUGUCUGGUGUUACUACGUGUCUGAGGUAUCCGGGCCAGUUGAAUGCCGACCUGAGGAAACUCGCAGUCAAUAUGGUUCCAUUCCCUAGGCUGCAUUUCUUCAUGCCAGGUUUCGCUCCUCUUACAGCACGAGGCAGUCAGCAAUACAGAGCCCUUACAGUACCUGAACUUACCCAACAGAUGUUUGAUGCCAAAAACAUGAUGACGGCGUGUGACCCAAGACAUGGCCGCUACCUCACUGUUGCUGUUAUUUUUAGGGGUCAUAUGUCAAUGAAAGAAGUGGAUGAACAAAUGUUAAACAUACAAAACAAAAACUCAGGGUACUUUGUAGAAUGGAUACCAAACAAUGUAAAAGUCGCAGUUUGCGACAUUGCCCCAAGGGGUUUGAAAAUGGCAUCAACAUUCAUAGGAAAUUCAACAGCGAUCCAAGAAAUUUUCAAGAGGAUUUCAGAACAGUUUACAGCUAUGUUCAGGCGUAAAGCAUUCCUACAUUGGUAUACCGGAGAAGGCAUGGAUGAAAUGGAAUUCACUGAGGCAGAAUCCAACAUGAAUGAUCUUGUUUCUGAAUAUCAACAAUACCAAGAAGCGAGUGCCGAAGAUGAAGGGGACUUUGUAGAAGAUGAAGAAGCGAUGCCGGAAGAAGGGGAACAAUAAUUUUUUUUUCAAUAUCUCAUUUUUACAAUGUAAGCUUGAUUAAGAAAAAUAAAAACAAUAAAAACUUGGUAAACUUAAUAUUACUUACAUUAUCA